AUGCCCUUGUCGCGAUUCAUGCGCGCGGGGUUCACACGGCUUGCGAGUCGCCGUCUGACGCAGCUGCAAGGCGCCGACGCCUCGCGCUUUCUUCAGGCGGUGCUGACCAAUGACAUGAAGGACCUGACGCGCCGUGGAGACGCCAUCUACGGCGCGUUCUUGAGCACGAAAGGGCGUGUGUUGGGCGACUGCCACGUGCUGCAGGUCCAAGACGACGCGUUUCUACUGGACUACGACAAGGACGUGGCGGAUUCGCUCAUGAAACACUGGAAGCGCUACAAGCUGCGGAUGAAGGUGGCGAUCGAGGACAAGACGGACGCGCUGGCGCUCUACGCGACGCUGCCUGCGAUUCUACAGGACACAGGGUCUCUGUUGUCGCACGAAGCGUCUCAUGAGACGGUCGUUGAGCAGCUACAAACGCUAUGGAAAUCUCCACAAGACGACGAUCGUGCCGUGGUGUUUGCUGAUCCACGUGGACACGGCUUUGGUGUCCGAGCGAUUGUCCCAGUUGAUGCAACACUUGACGUGCCGCAAGGGUACGCGAUGAUGGAGCCGUCGGCCUACGUGGAUCACCGCAUCGCUCUUGGAGUCGCCGAAGCGACGGAGCUGGUCGACGGGAUUCCGCUCGAGUGCAAUCUGGACUUGUUGCACGGGGUGUCGUUUCGCAAAGGAUGCUACGUCGGCCAGGAGCUCACAGCCCGCACGCAGUUCAAGGGAAACAUCCGUAAACGGAUCGUGCCCGCGGCACUGGUUCCAUCAGACCAGCACGACGUCGUGAAAGCGCUGUCGGAGUGCGCAUUCGAGUCGUUGGACUCACCGUCGCUUGCUGCGUUACGGACGUACUUGGCCGAAUCGAAGGACUGGAAGGACGUAAAAGCGCCCGUGAUUGGUGACAAGGUCGUGGUCACUGGUGACACAAAGGCGAUUGGAACGAUCUACAAUGUCGGCAAAGACGUGAGCAGCGCCAUUGUCAUGAUGCGUCUGAGCCACUUGCUUCCAUCCGAAGACGGGGACGUGGUGCCAACGAUGAAGUUCUCGACGCAGGACGGUGCUUUCCACGUUGUCCCGUAUCGGCCGUCGUGGUGGUCGCCGUUGGAUGUAAAGACAGGAAAGAUGAUGUUGCUGUAA